AUGAAGAAUCUCGGAAACGGCUUCUUCAGUCAAGAAGCCAAUCCCCUGAACGCCUUCCAAACCGGCCUUCAGCUACAAGACACAAAGCCAAUAGAGUCUCUCCCUUGGUCCCUCGACAGUACUGAAGCGACUCAGGAACCAUUGCUACCAAAUACUAACAAGAGGCCACCCCCAAAGAUCGGGAAACGCUUCUCUUCAGAGUCCAUCAGAGUCUUGAAGGCAUGGCUUGCUACGAAUAUCCAGAAGCCGUAUCCCGGGCCGGCCGAUGUCGAAGCCUUGCAAAGAAAGACCGGUCUAAACAGACAGCAGAUUACUACUUGGCUAGCCAACGCCCGCCGUCGAUUAAAGAACCAACCUGAACGACCGCCUACCCCUCUUGUACGAUCAUCAACCCCGGUGUCCAUCAACAACUUGGCUUCCUUCGAGAACAUGGAUCCUCUACAGAGAUGGCAGAACUCGCCCCCCGAACACGAACCUGCGACUGCUUCGGCCAUUGCACAGGCGAUGCGUGGCUAUCCAUCGACGACGUAUAGUCCUGACCGCGCAUUCUCAGGAGAUUCAGAUCCCGGCAGAUCUCUACGGAGCAGCUCAUCCGCCAGCACGAAUGCUUCCCAAUCCAGCUCCGCAUACUCUCACACAUCCGGAGCCUCUCUCAGAUCCCUCGACCGAAUCAGAAAAGCCAUCAAGCGCAAGAGACGACGCGUGCCCGCCGAGAGACCCGUCGUUGCCGAUAGCUGCCAUCCUUACCAGUGCACCUUUUGCACAGAGACGUUCAAGACAAAGUGGAGUUGGAAGCGUCAUGAAAAGUCGCUGCAUCUGUCACUCGAGCGAUGGGAAUGCGCACCCCCUGACAUGAACCACCUACAAAGCCACAACUUUGGAGCAUGCCAUGGACGAGCGCUGGAAGAGCGAACUUUUUACCGAAAAGAUCACUUGCAGCAACAUCUCAAGCUGGUUCACAACGCACAGUACCAAAAGUGGCCGAUGGACUCGUGGAAGGAAGCGAGCGAGGAGAUAAAGUCACGCUGCGGCUUUUGCGGAAUGGUUAUGAAGUUUUGGUCUGAUCGUGUUGACCAUCUGGCGGAACACUUCAAGGCAGGCCAGACAAUGGUGAAUUGGAAGGGGGAUUGGGGGUUUGAGAGUCAAAUGCUUGACAUGGUUGAGAACUCGAUGCCGCCGUAUCUCAUUCAUUACGAGAGAAAUUCACCUUGGCCGUUUACAACUCAACAAGGUCUCACCGGAUCCCCAGCGAGCGCAUUCGAGCUUAUCAAGGUGGAGCUCGAAUACUUCAACGCCUACUACACCAACGCAAGACACUCUCCACCCCCAGACGAGGAACUACUGUACGAAAGUUGCUGCAUAAUCUUUGGCGCCGAGAUACUAUCCAAGGAGUCAGAAAUACCGGAACCCUCGUGGCUGCGAGACUUGCUCAUGUCCUCUGAAGAGGUCGUCAAGCAAGCACGGAUACGCCCGAUGAAGAGCGCCGCCAAGUCUAGGAUCACGGCGUUGAGAAUUAACGGAAAGGAUGACAUCUUUCAAGCAUGUCCUAUGGAGGAGAGGUUGCAG